GAGGCUGACGACCUCCAGCGCGGCCAAAGUAAAAGACCGCAAUCCACUUUCUCCAUCCUGGUUGGUCACCUCCCAGACUGCAUCGCAUAAAGGAGUACGAGUGUGCGCACGGUGCCUGAGUUUGGCGCAUGGGAAGUUGCACCCCAGCCACUAUUACGCACGGCUGUCCAGACGUAGGAUGUGAGCAAGACCACACGCGUGGAGGGGAACAAAAAAAAAAAAAAAAAAGUGAGCAAAGAUGCGCGGCGCCGAGCUGCUGCUCGCUUACAUCCUCGCUAAAGUGACCCUGCGCCACGCGGAAGGCCAAGGGGAACGCGUGGCGGACGACUUGGUGCUGGUGAACGGAUACAACGAGUCAGCGGAGUCCACAACGAGCAGCGUGACGGAGAGCCCCCACACAGAGGACAAAUGUCGCGGCUACUAUGACGUGAUGGGCCAGUGGGACCCGCCAUUCGUGUGCCAGACGGGCAACUACCUGUACUGCUGCGGCACGUGCGGCUUCAGGUUCUGCUGCGCCUUCCGCAGCUCCCGGCUGGACCAGACCACCUGCAAGAACUACGACACGCCGCCGUGGAUGAUGACCGGCAGACCGCCGUCCAAAGUGGACGUGGCGCAAGACUCAGCCAAGGACAAGACCAACAUGAUCGUGUAUGUCGUCUGCGGGCUGGUGGCCAUCGUGGCACUUAUCGGCAUCUUCACCAAGCUCGGGCUGGAGAAGACGCAGCGGCCGAACCGCAACAAUAUGCCACGGACUUUGGCACAUGUGAUCCGUCAUCCUGCCUCGGAACAUAUAGACGAGAUGAGCCUGGGCCUGCACUAUGAGAAUAUGCAGACAAGAGUCGCUAUAAACAGUCUCCACAGCCACCAGUUGAACAACGCGACAUCGCCUCUGCUAACUGAGCCGUACGCUCUUCUGGAUCAGAUCUGCAGCCCCUACGAGCCCCAGACGCCGGUCAACGACCUCAACAAGUACGCCACCCUCAAGGCUGUUGCAGAAAAAGCAAACGACAGCUUCUACACCAACCGCCGCCAAGUACUGAGUGGAAUGAUAGCUAAGGGCAGCCUUCCAAUGGAGCAUGUGGACACGGAGCCGGAACCCAGCAACCCCUACAGCCCGCCCAGACAGAUGUCGAGCAAGCACAGCGGACGCAGGCACAAGAGUCCGAGGAGCCCCAGCUCCCAGUCGCUGUCCUUUGGCUCUUUUUCCAGCCCGGCCACGCCGAGGCCGUGGGAGAGCACCGACGUGCUGGGGCUGAGGCAGUGCUUCGGCCCCACCAAACUCUGCGUCGGAGAGAGGGAACUUCAGAACGCUCGCUACCUGCCCCCGCAGCCCUAUUUUGUCACCAACAGCAAGACGGAAGUGACAGUAUGAGGGAAGAACACCAAGACGGCGCAAGUAUAGGAUAUAAGUAUAAGUACUUAUGUAAAAUAUGACUGUGGGUUAUUGAACGUGCAGUUAUGUGGAUGUCAUGGCUAGCAUUCAAGACAAAUGCUUCAAUUCCGAUGAGUGUUAUCCAACAGUACCAAAUCAUAAAUUCUAAAUCCAAUCAUUUACACAAAACUCUAAGCACUAUUUAGUUACUUAUUUUCUAAUGUACUGUGGUAUUAUUAUUAUAUGGCUAUUGUCAUAGAAAAAAAAAAGAUCAAUCGCUGCACUUUGUUGAUGAUGACAAUUUCCAACACAAACCUCCAAUAAGGCCAAAAUAUAGUGGUGCCUUGAGAUACAAGUUAAAUUGAUUUGACCAUGCUCAUCACUCAAAACACUCAUAUCUAAGAUCAACAAACAUGUAAUGUUUUUUGAAAACAAAAACACCACUCAAUAAUAUUGUAAUUCAUAAACACACGCAGUAAUGAUACAAUCCAACAGAAUCUAACGAAUUAAAAGUUUUUGCCACAUUUUUUGUAUUCAGGUAUUUGUAUUCCUUCUGGUGUGUAUGCCUUUGCCUUGGCCACCUGGGGGAACCAUUACAGAGAAACGAUCACUCCUCAGUAAGCCGCAGAAAUAUUAGUCAUUCUUUGCAGAGGAUAAAGAAUAUAUGCCUGUCAGUAUGUACUGUUAAAUUAUCUGUCAGUGUUUCUUCAUUGCUUGUGUUCAAAUAUCUGUCGCUUUAAGGCUUCUGAAAAUAUGACACUGAUGUUAUACGUUAGCCCGGCUACGAUGUUUUGCAUUGUUUGUUUGCAUUUAGCUAAAAAGACUUCCCUAAGGCUGAGUCUUAAUGUGGUUGAUUGGGAAAAAAAAUAAAACCACAAUGUUUAAUGUUAAUUUGACAGUGAACUUCAAAUAGGAGUGGCACUAAACAACUUAAAGAUAUCGGCGAAACUCUUGCUUGUUGUCAAGUGAGUUGACUGCCACAAUGCAGCGCUUGGAUCUCAAUUUUUUUUGCUCGCGAGUCAAACCGGAAUACACGUCGAACGAGGGCUCGUAUUUUGAAAAAUUCGCAAGUCUCUUAAGGCACCACUGUACUGUAUUUUCAAAAAUCCCAAGAUCACAAACACGAAGGGCAGAAAUGACACUGACUGUUAGUUAUGCUUAUUGCGUCACAAAGUAAGCACACAUACAGUAUGUAUUCUAACAGACACGCCGUUGUGUUUGUUUUGAUCCAUUGGUGAAAUCUCAUCAGUAUUAAAGUGUGUUCGAUUUGUUCAAGGCUGCAGUCACAAUUUUUCAUUUCAACAAGUACUAUUGAAUGCUGUGUGCACGCAUUAUUACACAAUACGUUAUUGCUCGGACAAAAGAUGGUGGCAUUGCUGUUGUCAUGAUGACGAACGCCGUAUUCAAAAUGUACUGUUUCAUGGUUGUUUUCAUAUUUUUUUAAAAAAAGGACGUUAUACCUAUUUAAUGCACUCUAUUUGUACCCACUUGUUCUAAUACAGUAAAUGUCUUUUGCAGUGCAAUUGAUAUCACAAAUUCUAUAUUAAUUCUAGGGGAAAAAAGCCUUUAUAUAUUGUUAUUGGACUAUAGAUUUUAGUUGCUUGACUUUGAUGAUAUGGAUUGGAUAAUCAACAAAAAAGAGCUUUUUAGGUUAGUAGACGGGCAAGAAAUCAUUUUGGUGGAUUGGUUACAUUAACUUAAAUUAACUGGUAGGUACUUGACUAACUCACAAUAAAAAGGACCACAUAUGCCAGCAGCAUGAAACGUUAAAAAAAUGGAAAUUAUACAUUCCAAAUUAUUAGAAUUUGUGGUGGAUUGUAAAAAAGGGAAUAUUUUGAAUUUGCACCUCACAUUGUUCUAUAUUGUGACUUCACCUUUUCAUGUG